ACAUCUUGACUUCAGAAUGGUGCACUGUCUGGUUUUGUGUGUCAACUUGACACAAGCUGAAGUUAUCACAGAGAAAGGAGCCUUCCUUGAGGAAAUGCCUCCAUGAGAUCCAGCUGUAAGGCAUUUUCUCAACUAGUGAUCAAGGGGGAUGGGUGGGGGGAGAGGGACCAUUGUGGGUGGUGCCAUCCCUGGGCUGUUAGUCCUGGGUUCUAUAAGAAAGCAAGCUGAGAGUAAGCCAGUAAGUAAUAUCCUUCCAUGGCCUCAGCAUCUGCUCCUGCUUCCUCACCUGCUUGAGGUCCAGUCCUGACUUCCUUUGGUGAUGAACAGCAAUGUGGAAAGUGUGAGCUGAAUAAACCCUUCCCUCCCAACUUGCUUCUUGGUCAUGAUGUUUGUGCAGGAAUAGAAACCCUGACUAAGACAGAUGGUUAUAGAAUGGAGUUAGGAAAAUUUCCACAGGAUUCUUCAUCAAGCUGAUUAAAUCCUAGUUAAACUAAAAUGGCCUCAGUGAGAGUACAAGACGGAGCAGCCUCUUCCUGCUGUGUGUUGCGCCUGCCUCGCAUUUCAGGUGUCAUUUAAAGGUAAGAGUUAGGGGAACAAGGUAAAUACUAUGUGGUCAUCAGUGAUGCUUUCGCUGAAACAUCUUGGCAUAAAAGAGGGAAAAUAAGAAAACUUAUUUAGCAGAAGCUUCAAAUUGUCUAUUAAACUAUUUUCUUCCAUCACAAUGCCCACCCCUAAAAAUAUACCCAAACUAGAUGUUAUAGCAACUAUUUUAAAAUAAAUAAGUUGCUUUUCAGUGUCUGAUGGCAGGCAGUCAUUCAGCUACUAAGUAAUAAUGAUUAAACAAAACAUCUUGCUUUGGUUUGUAAACAUUGGCCUACACUUUGGAUACAACAUUUGCAAGCCUUUUUUUUUUUUUUUUUUUUUUUUGAGACAUUGUUUCUGUGUGUAGCCCUCUGUCUUCCUGGAACUUGCUCUGUAGACCAGGAUGGCCUGGAACUCAGAGAUCUGCCUGUUUGUGCCUCCUCAGGGCUGGGAUUAAAGUAUAUGACACUCCUGCCUAGCACAAGAAAUUUUUAAAAACAAAAUACAUUUCGAGAAGACAAAUUGGAAAAUUAAUUACAAUAGAAUGAAAGGCCAUCUAAGUUUCUGGUGUCAUUCUAAGGUCAUUCAUAGGUGUUGAGCUGAUUUACUGAAUGAAAAGUCUGGUGUAACCAUAAAUAAAAAGUAUUGUAGCGGGCUGGAGAGAUGGCUCAGUGGUUAAGAGCACCUGACUGCUCUUCCAGAGGUCAUGAGUUCAAUUCCUAGCAACCACAUGGUGGCUCACAACCAUCUGUAAAGAGAUCUGAUGCCCUCUUCUGGUGUGUCUGAAGACAGCUACAGUGUACUUACAUAUAAUAAAUAAAUAAAUCUUUAAAAAAAAAGUAUUGUAGCAUAAUUUUUAUUUCUUUAAAGAAAUAUGCAAAAAUAAACUGAAUUUCUUUUCAUUCCAAAAUUCACUGGGCCCAAACUCUAUUUUCACGUUCAAAGAUACAACCUACACAGGCUGCUAAAAUGCUGUGGUCAGUCAGACUUACAUUUGCAAAAAGGUAACUUUCAUUUAUUUUGUAACAGUUCAAAAUAAUAUUUUCUUCAUGCCACCUGGGUUUACUUAACAGAGAACGGAAGAGCAAAGCAUAUUGAACCGAAGUGAAUGUUGGAGAAACACUGGGAAUGGCUAAUCAAGGCCUGGUGAGCCUUAUUACCGUUGUCUAUUGGUUUUCAUCAGCAGUUUUGAAUGUGUAUUUUUGUGGGUAAGAGUCAUUUAGUGAUAAAUUAUUUUAUUUCUCAUAUUGGCAGCUCAGUCAAAUACUUAAAAGUUCUAAAAAGCCAAAUCUCAUUUUUAAUUUAAGCGGUAAGUGCAAAGGACACCAUCCUUAACCUCGUGUGAGCUACUCUAUAACACAUUCCUGGCAGGCUCCAAGGGCAUCAAAAACAUCUCUUAAAGAUUAUAGGAACUACACAUUUCCGGAUCCUUGCCUGACCCACUGCAUUUCCCAGCGGAAGUUGAGUAGGCAACACGGUAUAGCUGAAGAUGAGGCAUUGAUUGAGACUUUGAAACUAGUCUGAGCUGCAUAGCAAUACCUUGUCAAAACCCAACCGUCAAGCUUUUAGAUUCCACAAAAAUUUAGGGAAUGAUCAGUCGCCCCAUAGCGACCAGGUGUCCUCUGCACAUACCCAUCCCCGACCCACGCGCCUCCAAAGCCGCCCAGCACUUUCUGUUGGACGCAGCCUCCAAACCGGGAAACCCAGCCUCAGCCCCUCUCCCUUUCCCCUCCCCCUAGAAGCAGCGAAGCGGGCCAGGGGUUAGGCUCGGCGCUCGAUUGCUCGAGCCUGGCGACGAUAGCACUUGCAACGACUCUGCACUCGAGGGGUCGAGCCUGACCCGUUGAGGCGUCUGCGGCAGCGGCGGACGCGGGAGUGAGUCCGCUGCGGGGAGCGGGAAUGUCGAGGAGUUCGAAGGCAGUGCUGGGCCUUUCGGUGCUGCUGACGGCGGCCACGGUGGCCGGCGUGCAUCUGAAGCAGCGGCAGGACCGGCAGAGGCUUCGUGACGGAGUGAUCAGAGACAUUGAGAGGCAGAAUCAGAAAAAAGAAAACAUUCGUCUUUUGGGAGAACAGAUUAUUUUGACUAAGCAACUUGAAGCAGAAAGAGAGAAGAUGUUGGAGAAAGGAUCUCAAAAUACCUGACUUUGAGAAGCCGAUGGGGCAGCGCUGAGUUGGUGUGUGUAACUGUGGGUGCGGUGUGUGGUAGAGAAUAGCUAGUGAGAGCUGCCCCCAAAAUCACUAUCCAGUUACACUUCAUUAACUGAAGGACAGUGGUCCUGUCUUCUGAAUUGCUUCUUUUAAGAGUCUGUCGUGUGUGGAGAGAGUACUUGGGGGCAAAUGCUCUUCUGAAGGUCUGUCUGGGGGAUCCCUGCAACAGUGCCUGUCAGCUUAGGAGUGCAGGGGCGAUGGAUAGUAGCAUCCACCUGAGUGGGCUCCUAAGUCGGCAUGAUGAUGAAGCCACGAGAACGUCUACCUCGGAAGGGCUGGAGGAAGGUGAGGUGGAGGGAGAGACUCUCCUAAUUGUGGAAUCAGAGGAUCAGGCAUCAGUGGACUUAUCUCACGACCAGAGUGGGGAUUCCCUCAACAGCGAUGAAGGAGAUAUAUCAUGGAUGGAGGAGCAGCUGUCUUACUUCUGUGACAAGUGCCAAAAGUGGAUCCCAGCCAGUAAGGAGCUUCUCGAUUCCUUUGCUUGGUUGAUCCCUAUGUGAUGGCUUGUUUCCAGUCUGUGAAAAACACUAAUAAAAUAGACUUGAAUAAAAA